GCGACAGCAGUGUUUCAGUUUUUAUAGAGCUGGUGAAAAAUGCACCCGCAAUUUGGAAUCGUCUCGACACUGAUUAUAAAAAUAAAUGUCGAAAACGGCAUUUGUGGAAUGAAAUCGUAAUUGAAUUAAAUGAGCAAUGCCAAAGGAUAUUUGCACCAAAUGUUCCAACCAAGCCUUUUACUCAGGCCGACUGCAUCAGAAAGUUCAAUAACUUGAAAACCUACUACCAAAGCGAAUAUAAUAAGAUUUUAAAAGCCCGACAAGGCGGAGCAGGAGCUUCGAAAAUAAAAGCUCUGCAAAAGAGCUGGAAAUUUAAGACCAUGCUGGAUUUUCUAAAUAAAGACCACAUAAAAUAUGAUUUCGUUGAUAUCAAGCAAGAGAGCGUUGAAACUGAAGUUCCGCAAGAUUCGAUUGCAACCCAAUCAUCAAGUGAAACGGAGGAGAUCGUCCAGAACGUCAGCGAGCCGCCAACACCAACCGAAUCUGAACCAAAGAAGCGCAAAGCUGAAGCAACAGAUGAGGAGACCGAAGAAAACAGCAAUAUGUUUCAGAGAGUGAUGAAACGAUUAACUCUAAACUCAAUACAAGAACAAUUGGAUUCAGAUGAAGCCGUUGGUCUACUCGUGACCCAGGAUUUAAAAAAGCUCGAUGAGGACUUGAAAGCAGAGGCCGUGCCAGAAAUUGUGGGCAUUAUGAUGGAGUAUAGAAAAAAACAGCUUAAACGAAGAAAUCGUUAGCUAGUUAAGGACUCUGCCAACGUUCCCUUGAAAAACCUGUCUUCCAUAAACUGCCGGGAAUAUAUCAAAACCUUUAUUAAUUAACAAUCAAAAGGCUUAUUAAAACCAAGAACAAAUAUGACAUCUGUUUUAUAUUUGCUUUUCAAUUUGCAAUUUAUUGUAAUAUAUAUUAAAAUUUGACAAAUCAAA